CGACCUUUCAAAAAUUGAGUUGGAAUGUCACCAAUGUCAAAGAGAAGCAAGUUCAGUUCUCUUUCAAUUCAUUUCAGGUAUUGUGGCUACUUCCACCUGAAAGCUACAGUUCGAGUAACUAGCAUUGGAAAUCCAUCCAGCACAUGUUGCCAGUCCCUAUUUCGUUACGCUGAUGGCCGAUACAAGCGAAGGGAACCCUGGAAGCGAGCCACAGCUGCCCCUCGAUUGAAAAGAGGCGUUCAGCUGAGAAAGAAAGAGUGGCUGUCAUUUCUUCAGCUCCUAUCUCCAGAUCUCGGACGCUAUCAUUUCAGAUAGAAGGUGGGUGCUCUCUUCGGAACUAACACUUGGCUCCAUGUUAUGCCGGUUCUGAACGAGUACUGCGGUAGCGACUAGGCGGUCAGGCGCUUCAUCCCUCUGCGGCUAGCUUCAACAAGAAGGCCCUGCACUGCAGCACGUGUCAGUGAUUCUCAGAAUCAUAGAAUCAUCAAACAGGCAACAAUGGCAUCAAGGCAAAAGUCUGCCUCGAAGACGAUGUGGGAGAGACAGGGAAGCAGGGAGCACCUGCAAUUGCAGCACGAAGUGAGCCGCAUCAGCAAGAGGCGUAGGGUGUGCGCUGUGCUGGAGAGCAGUCAGUUCCGUGGUCAUCUAGAGGACAUUGUCAGUCGCCGCUAUCCAAGUGGUAGACCUGCCGCUGAGAAUGGCCAUCAAGGACUGGAACUUUCCGAAGAUGAGUCUGAUGAUUCCAGGGAUGCAUCAGCUUCAGAAAGUGAAGAUCUACAGCCUCAGGUGAAGACCCGCCAGAGGGGUAUGCAGCAAUCUAUGAGGUCUAGGCACAGUAUGGUGCGGCAGCAGCAGCAGCAGCAGCAGCAGCAUGUACGCUGUAUUGAUGACAUUGAUCAAAAUGCAUCUAAAGUGUUUGGCAAAGAAGACGUCCUGGCCCGGAGAAAGCUGGCCACUCUGUACAGAAUCGUAGAUCAAUGCGGCUGGUCGCAAGGCAUCUACAACCACAUCACGGUCCGCAUCAAUUCAACUAGAGACGAGUUUCUCCUCAAUCCAUAUGGCCUGCGUUACGAUGAGAUCACAGCCAGCUCACUGGUCAAGGUUGAUGCUGAAGGCAAUGUUAUCAAUGAGGGCUCGACCAGGCUGGGAAUCAAUAAGAAGGGCUUUGCUCUACACUCGAUGAUACACUCCAUUCGACCAGAUGCGCAAUGUGUCAUCCACGUGCAAACACCGGCUGGAAAUGCGAUAUCGGCAAUGGGAGUUGGGCUCUUGCCAAUUUGCCAAGAAGCUAUGAUUGUUGGCAAGGUCGCUUACCAUCAAUUGCGUGGAACCCCAGACAACGGGAGAGAACGGCGGCAACUAGCAACAGACCUGGGCUCCUCAAGUAAAGUAAUGAUCGUGCACAAUCAUGGACUGGUGGCCAUGGGGCGUACCAUCGAUGAAGCACUCUACUACAUGUUUCAUCUGGUGAAGGCAUGUGAAACACAGGUGUGUGCCCUGGGAAGUGGAGUAGCGAUAGAAAAGCUCAUCAUACCGGACCACACAGCACAGCAACUAUUCAUCAUACCCGACCACACAGCACAGCAACUAGUCAUGAAAGGAAGCAGCAAUGUUGCUACACCUGAUCACUCCACAUGCCCUGAGUGGAGCAUUGGCGAACUGGAAUUUGAGGCGCUUGCCAGAGAUCUGGAUGGAAAGGGUUACAAGACUGGGCUGGCGCUAAGAACAAGUAGCAUAGUGAAUGCCGGUGUUCAAGCUGACUACACCAGGUCAAGCAAAACACAGGAAAGGCAUGAUCAUGCCGAGGCAGACUGUAGCCAACAAAACGGUGCCUGGGAGUUCCUUGAUGGUGAACAGAUCCAUGACAGACGGGCAAUGCCUGCACAGCCAACAGCAAUGCAGCAACACCUGCAUACACCCACUACUAUGACCCGUGAUCAUCAACAGCUGGACACUAGCACGGCAAUAGUUCAGGCACAAUCACAAUCAGUUGAGAUGGCACCGACAUCCAACAUGACCAGAGUAUCGACAAGUUCAGCUGGCCGUUUCGCCGUCACCCAAUCUCCGCUGCUGGCAGCUGGUUCUGACGAUGUGCAGAGUCGGCGGGUAGAUGUGGCACAGUCCAUGGGUGGCGCACUUGCUUCACUACAAGAGUGUGUUGCACAGGCAAGAGAUCCAGGAUCAGCGACAGCAGCAGCACCACGUCCCCGUGCCAUCAUCCAGCCGAGGGGCACAGCACAUGCUCAGACACGGGAGCAGCAAUGGUACCAACCUAUCACAGAUCAACCCUUGCCAAAUGAUCGCGCCUAUUCACUAUUACACCCUGGAGGCUCAGGUGCAGCUGAUGAUCAGCUGGAAGACGAUAGCCUAUAUCUGGAUCUCCAUGAGGAUGAUGACUCACCGACCAGUACAUAUCUCGGCUAUUCUGAUGCGCUGCAUCAGACAACGGAGAUCGCCGAAAAUGUAGCAAUAUCCACGAGCCGGGCAGCUUCAAGGGCACUGUCCCGUAGCAGUGGUGACGCCAACUAAGACUACACCCAGAAUGCUGGCUGUGCUCUUUACCUGUUGGUC